AUGGAACAUAGAAAAACGGGAAAUAACGCCGAAAGAUUUCCAGGGAAAACUGCAGUUGACAUCUUAUCACUUGUGUUGGGAACAAAAUCAAGUCAUUAUGGUAUCGAAAGAUUUUAUAAAAACUGGGCUGAAAACAACAGCAGACUGACUGAGCUGCAGUGGGGUACAUGCAAUGACGAUGUGGAACAGGCGGUGGAGUUUGUAUUAAGUGACGGUGUAGAUAUUAAUGCCCGAGCGUCAGACAAUGAUAACACAGCUUUGUUGUGGGCGAGUUGUUCAACCUCAAGUCAGUUCAUUGAGACCUUCAUUGAUCUAGGGGCCGACGUUAAUGCCCAAAGGAAAGAUGACAAAGUUACACCUUUAAUAUUAGCGAUUGAAUGGAACAACUACAUGGCAGCGUGCUUGCUUUUAAGGCAUGGAGCUGAUGUAGAUGUCCAGGGUGGUGAUGGGCUCACACCACUGCACUUUUCAGUCGAUAAAGGUCACAAAAACCUCAUCAGAUUGUUAGUUGAACACAACGCGGAUGUAAAUAUUCAAGAUACAAGGGGAUAUACACCCUUGCACUUGUGUACCUUUGAGGGUAACGAAAACCUCUGUAGAUUGUUACUUGAACACAACGCGGAUGUAAACAUUCAAGAUACAUGGGGAUAUACACCCUUGCACUUUUGUGCCAGAGAGGGUAACGAAAACCUCUGUAGAUUAUUACUUGAACACAACGCGGAUGUAAAUAUUCAAGAUGAAGAUGGAGAUACACCCUUGCACCUGUGCGACAGAGAGGGUAACGAAAACCUCUAUAGAUUGUUAGUUGAACACAACGCGGAUGUAAAUAUUCAAGUUACACGGGGAUAUACACCCUUGCACUUGUGUGCCAGAGAGGGUAACGAAACCCUCUGUAGAUUGUUACUUGAACACAACGCGGAUGUAAAUAUUCAAGAUACACGGAGAGAUACACCCUUACACUUGUGUGUCAUAGAGGGUAACGAAAACCUCUGUAGAUUGUUACUUGAACACAACGCGGAUGUAAAUAUUCAAGAUACACGGGGAUAUACACCCUUGCACUUUUGUGCCAGAGAGGGUAACGAAACCCUCUGUAGAUUGUUACUUGAACACAACGCGGAUGUAAAUAUUCAAGAUACAUGGGGAUAUACACCCUUGCACUUGUGUGCCAGAGAGGGUAACGAAAACCUCUGUAGAUUGUUACUUGAACACAACGCGGAUGUAAAUAUUCAGAAUGAAGAUGGAGAUACACUCUUGUACUUGUGUGCCAGAGAGGGUAAUGAAAACCUCUGUAGAUUGUUACUUGAACACAACGCGGAUGUAAAUAUUCAAGUUACAUGGGGAUAUACACUCUUGCACUUGUGUGCCAGAGAGGGUAACGAAAACCUCUGUAGACUGUUACUUGAACACAACGCAGAUGUAAAUAUUCAAGAUACAUGGGGAUAUACACCUUUGCACUUAUGUGCCAGAGAGGGUAACGAAAACCUCUGUAGAUUGUUACUUGAACACAACGCGGAUGUAAAUAUUCAAGAUACAUGGGGAUAUACACCCUUGCACUUGUGUACCAGAAAGGCUAACGAUAACCUCCGUAGAUUGCUGCUUGAACACAACGCCAUGCAGCGACAUCCCAAGUUUGAACUGAGUUCUGCGCAAAAAGCUAUCGAAACAAAAUAUACAACAGGUGUCGCUUCCGUUCAAGGUGCAGAAAAACUCAAGUCAAAUCUCAAAUCGGAGAAAACACUGGGGCAAAACCCCUCGUAUACACCUACAACAUUGAAAACAGAGGAACUGUGGGAAACCCCCAAAGGAACAAAGGAAUUUUAGUACCGGAAGCUAAACAAGUAAAGGCACUAGUAGUGAGACACCCCAAAUCAAAGGCGACUACAUCCUCAAGAGCAAAUAAAUGAGUAAUGGCUUAAAUAUUAAGAUUUUUUUCAGAGUUGUGUUUUUGAGAAAAGGCCCGGCUGUUAAGUCCAUAAAAGAGAAGAGUUUAUUCUUAUUAAGCUAACGUUAAACUAGUUUGUACAACAAGUUUUUGUACUAGUUUGUACAAAAUUAAUUACAAAUAUGAGGAGAGUAUCUUAUCCUCAACGCUAAUUUGAAAAUUGUAAAAUCGACGCUUUUACAAGUGUUUUAACCGACGUUUUGGCAAUGCUGCCUUCUUCAGGAUACAAACGUUCGUAAUAGGGCACGUGAGCUACGUAAUUUAACGAACUUUGUAGCGGGAAACCUUUUAAUGGUGUAUAUUCCUUUUGUACCCCGAAGAAGGCAGCAUUGCCGAAACGUCGGUUAAAACUCUUGUAACAGAGGACGUACUUUGAAUUUCAAAUGUGUAGUGUAGAUCGGUUUUAAGAACAGUCAACUCCCUUUAUAUAGCGGACACUGUAGGGAACUCUGUUUAGUCACGGUCGGCCUUAUUAGUGAGAGUGCGUAAUAACGGGAGUUUAUUUUAGUCAGACAUCUGUAAUUUAUUUUUGCAUGAGAUUUAGUUGCUGUCCGUAUUAUCGGGGUGUCUGUUAUUGCGGGAGUCCACAAGGCUAGAGUUGACUUAUAAGAAUUUUUGAAAGUAAUAACCGUAAAAUUUUAAAAUUAUAACAUAGCUGGAAUAUUCGCCUAACUGAUCAUAUUGUUAUUCGAUAGCGUCAGUGUGUUUCGUAUUCCAGUUGAGCACGCUUGUGACGUCAACAAAUUGCCACUUCGAGUUCUUAUGAGCUUAGUAAUCCUCCCAAGAGCAUCCAUGACUCAAUAGUAGUAGUCUGCUACACAGCCGUUUUUAGUGUCGUCAGGCAGGAGGAGCGUUGCGUGACGACACUUAAAACGGCUGUGUAGCAGACUACAAUAGUACACGAUGAAGCGUUUAAGAUCUUGUCUUAGAUGUCUCAGAUGAUCGCGUCAUUAAGAGGUGACACUAAGCCGUUAGCCCUGUCUUCUUCAUCCUUUCUUAACAAUUGGAAAGGACAACGUAAAAGAACCCUCGUUGGUAUUCGAAAAGAGUAGAAAAAGCAGACCCCAACGGUGGUGGGGUCUAUCUCUUAUGUAGCCUGUGUACGGACCCCCCUCCCCUCAGGAAAAAUCGGAUUUUUCCCGAGGGGAGGUGCGUUAUAUUUAGAAUACGAGAGCAAUAAAAAUAUUUUAAUGGCAUCCAACUUGCAUUUAUGAGUACUGUUGCGUCUUCCAUGUCUCUUGGUAGUUUGUGGAUAAGUCUUGCUGCUCUGAGGUGGAUUAGUUCUAGAUCUUUCAUCAAAUAAUCUGAGCAAGAGCCCGACACAGCCAUACCAUAUAAUACGCUUGGGAUUACUGUUUUGUAAUGAAUUGUUUCUAGUGUGGCUUUUGGUAAAGAGCUUAUGCGUCUUAACAUUUGAACUUUAGAGCUGUAUGAGACCGAUUUUACAUAGUUGGCCCAGGAGAGUCUUUCAUCAAUGGCUAUACCAAGACAUACAGAGAAAGAUCUGUAUUCAAUGGUUUUGUCUCCCCAAACUAAAGGCUUCAGAGGGCCAAUAAAGGGUUUUGUAUCCAGGAAUACUGAAUCGCAUUUACCUUUAUGAAUAAUUAACGUAUUCUUUUAGCACCAGGUUUGUAGCUGAUCUAAUAUCACCUGGAGGGCUAUAGCAACCUCAUCAGUAGUAUUACCAAUGGUAUAAAUGGUAGUGUCGUCAGCAUACAUGUAAACUUCGCCACUUCUAAUGCUGUCUGGAAGAUUAUUUAUAUAAGUAAUAAAAAGCCUAGGUCCCAACAGGGAACCCUGAGGAACCCCAGUAUUCCGAAAAUGCGCCAUCUAGGAUCGAUAGGAUAAAAGCUAUAUCACGUGGUAUUCAGGGGGCAAACAAGUGAUCAUAUUUGCCAAUAUAAGUAAUCGCGGUCGAGUUUGUUUAUUCUGUCAAACGAGACGACGAUUUCAAAGUUAUCCGAAGUGUUGGGAAGAUUUACGUCAUUACUGUUUGCCAUGAGGACAUUUACGGUCGCUACUGCAUAUUGUAAAGUAACAAUGAUCACUUCCACCCAUAUUUUAAGAUUAUCCUCUUUAAGAUAAACAGGUCUUCAUUUCCUUUUGUCUAGGAUAAACAAUCUCAACCGCGAUUUCUUCCAUUGCCAAUGUUUUUCACUUGUUUGCCCCCUGAGAAACCAACAAUCUCGAUCCCAGGGCUGGCGGGUAUCGUCAAUAAGGUAUAUUUAGCUGAAUGAAAAGCGGUCAUUUACUCCAUGGGGACUAAAAAUAAUGAUUUUAAAAAGAUGAAUUAUUGUUCUUGAUUUAGGCGACUUCUUGUACCGGGGGAUUCUCCCUAUGAUGGCCUAUACCCGACGGGGACGCUCCCCUCGAAAGGGGUACCUAGCUUUUGUAGGCCUCAGGUAUAUCAAAGGGUAGCGGUUUCACUAGUUGAAGUAUAUUGAAGAGUAGGUAAAUCUGUCAUUUGGGUCUGUAAAAGGGCCCAAAAGGGCUAACAGAACAAUUUUAUGGCUUGAAAACGUCGGGAAACGUUCUAUUUUGUGAUUAAUUCCUAUGUAAAAGACAGUGCAUUUACAGCGGUUAAAAGGAAGGGGUACCUUUUUCGUGAAAAAUGCUAUAUUAAGGGUAAGGGGUUGGACCUCGGGGCGGAGCCUCCUCGAAUAAACAUUUGUUGAGUACCCCCCCUCCCCCCCAGGUUUUGGUGUUGCACUGGAUUGCGAGGUACAGACCUCUUUAGCUUGUAUGUUUUGUUUUCCCAAUAGAGGUCCCAGGGGAACUUGACACUUUGUCAUUUCGCGCGUACAUAUGCACGUGAACAAGACGAAAUUUGAAAGAAACAGUUCUCUAGAGUAUUAUCACAUGACCUGUAUUGAGAAAACAAAACAUACAAGCUAAAAAGGUCUAUUAGAGAGGUUAAGCAUCACGUGACGUCUAACGUCAAAUGCAAAUUUGUACCACGUGACCAAGUUUCCCCUUUGCAGUACACUUGUCGUUUACUGUUCAUUAUUUCAACACAUAAAUCAGAGUAGUUUCACGCGAUGUUUUAUCCAUAAUAAUUGUUUUGAGCUCUUUUAUUUUGCUCAUUUUUUAUUUUUUAACCUGAAUCUGACGUUUGCCGUAUACGUGAAGCUUAGGAACUCUCUAAAUACACAGAAGAAAAAGGGAAGCAGUCUACAAACACUCCAUUGCGACAAAUAUCAGGCUAUUAUCAUCAGGCUAGCCCGGCAGGCUAGACUCAUCAUAAAGGAAGAUUAUUUUUUUUAAUUCUUGUAGAAAUUUUAGGAUACAAUGGGGAUCCCGAGACACGCCAGGAUGCAACAGAACUUGAACAGGGUUACAUUCCUUCCCAAGAAAUGAAAGAGGAGAAUUUUGCAAGUGUGACGAGUUUUGAAUUGUAG